AUGAAUCAGCCGGAUGAUGCCGAGAUGGAGAUGACAGUGUCAAACUCGUCCUCCUGCUGUUCAUCUUGUAUCAGUCUGAAGGACAGAUGUCCUCGACCGCGGGGACUCAUCAACCUCCUCAUCACCAAGGUGUGUCUGUUUGCUCUGCUGUUCGGAGUCGUCUGGGCCAUCACAGGAAGGGAGAGUUUGCCUGGAGGGAAUCUCUUCGGCAUCGUCAUCCUCUUCAUCUGCUCCGUGCUGGGAGGGAAGCUGGUGGGAAUGAUCCAACUGCCCACACUGCCCCCCUUCCCUCCACUACUUGGUAUGCUGUUAGCAGGUCUGGUGCUGCGUAACGUUCCUUAUAUAACGGAAGCUAUCUACAUCGACCCUCACUGGUCUGCAGCUCUGAAGGACAUUGCCAUGGCCAUCAUCCUGACCAGAGCCGGGCUGGGCCUCGACCCCUCGGCGUUGCGUCGUCUGAAGGCGGUGUGUGCGCGUGUUUCGAUUGGUCCCUGCCUUGCGGAGGCCUGCACUGAUGCUGUGGUUUCUCACUUCCUGCUGGGGCUGCCGUGGAUCUGGGCCUUCAUACUGGGUUUUAUCCUGGCUGCAGUGUCUCCUGCGGUCGUUGUGCCAUCCAUGCUGCUCCUGCAGAAAGAAGGAUACGGAGUAGACAAGAAGAAGGGGAUCCCCACCCUGCUGAUGGCUGCUGGGAGUUUUGAUGAUAUUUUGGCCAUCACAGGGUUCUCUGUCUGUCUGGGAAUCGCCUUCUCUACAGGUUCUACGUGGUUGAACGUACUGAAGGGUCUGUUGGAGGUGGUGGGAGGGAUCAUAGCCGGGCUGAUCCUGGGUCUGUUCCUAUGGUGCUUCCCCAGCAAUGACCAGGAGGACUUCGUAUUGAGGAGGACUCUUAUGUUGUUGGGUCUGUCCAUAUUUUCGGUCUUCUUCAGUCAUGUUAUAGGUUUUGGUGGAGCUGGUAGUCUCUGUACUGUCGUUCUCGGUUUCAUGGCUGCUCUGGACUGGAAGGCCAACAAGGCGCCGGUGGCAGCCAUGGUGGUUCGUUCCUGGGAUGUGUUCCAGCCCCUUCUCUUUGGUCUGAUUGGAGCAGAGAUCAUCAUAACAACCCUCAACCCCAGCACCGUGGGUCUGGGUCUGGCCUGUAUCAGUAUUGGUGUGGUCAGCCGUCUGAUUGUCACCUUCUUGCUGGUUCAUUUUGGAGGAUACAACCUGAAGGAGAAACUGUUCAUUGCUGUGGCCUGGUUGCCUAAGGCCACCGUACAGGCUGCUAUCGGCUCCAAGGCCUUGGAUAUGGCGAGGGAGGAGGGGGAUGAAAUGCUAAUAAAGUAUGGUUCAGACGUGCUAACAUUAGCUGUGUUAGCCAUCCUGACCACGGCUCCCAUUGGAGCACUGAGCAUCGGCCUGGCAGGGCCGCGCCUCCUGACCCGGCAAGUCACACCAGAUGAGACUGAAAACGGAGCCACGUCUCCGAGCAGCCAUGGGAUUGGUCAAGAAAAUGACAAUGUGACCCUUGAGAUCAAGCUAUGAGGCUACUGAUUGGACAAACAGAAGAAAGCUAUAUAUCAUACACUUUAUGUACACACCUUAUGUAGAUGAUAAACUCUUUGUUGCUUCAGAUAUGUUUUUGUUAUACAUGUGUUUCUUAUGCUUUAAUAUGCUUUUACUAAUUAUUGUCACCAAACAAAUGUCCCGUUAUUGAUCCAUUACCUCUUUAUGAUGCAUAAUAGUAGAAGAAGAGAAAUCACUACCAGUGUCAUUCCACAUCUAUGGAAGCUCAUUUCCACCAAGGAAAAAAAAAAAAAAAAAAGAAAAAUUAGGAAUUAUGAAAAUUCAAAAAAACAUUGAAGUCUAAGACUAACACUAAGUCAGCAUUAUGAUAUAUUAAGUCUGAGUCAAGAUUAUGAGCUUUACUAUGUUAAAAUUGGGUAAUUUCACAAUUUCAAUACAUUAUCUAAUAAUUUUGAUAUACUAUCUCUUAUUCUCGUCAAUAUUAUGAGAAACUAAAUAAAACAUAUGAGAUUUACUAUGUAAAUCAAAAUGAUAACAUUUACUAAAUAAAAUCAAGUAAAAAAUUGAAGUCAAACAUUUUAAUUAUUAACUCCUAAUUUUGACUUGCUAUCAUAAUCAUGACAUACUAUUUCAUUACUAGCACAUCAUUUUGUUAUACAAUGACUAUUUUCAUUUUCGUCAUUCCUUACAUGUCAUCAAUUUUUAAAAGUGUUAAUCAUGUGCAGACUGUAUUCUGGUAGAACUAUUUUAAUGAGUAACCACAGACCGAUAAAUGCAAAUGUAAAAUGUUCUUCUAGUCAGUGUUAUUAUAGUAGGGGUUUGACUAUAUUUGGUGCUAUACACUCACAGAGUACAAACUGUUCCUAAUAGUUUGUCCACCACAGUAACAUACAUGAGGGGGGCAAAAUAUUAGGAACUUUUCAAUAUGGUACACUCCACUACGACCUCAAUAAUAAACAAACAAAAACUGAAAAUGUAUAAGCCUUGUAAAAGUUGAAUUGAUGGCGGAGCUGUUGUAUUGGAUUGCAUGAGAUUGCACACGUACUCCUAAUAAAGUGCUGCUGAGUGUAUAUUCCUUUGAACAUG